ACCAAUAGGCAAUCUGGUCUCUUUAACUUCAGAAAUUAGCAAGAAGACCUCGGACCCCGGGUGAGACAGGAGAAAUGGAAAGUCCCCCGUGUGUCUCUAUUUUCUUGGUUUUGUGCGUCUUUAUCCAAUCAAGUGCCCAUGGACAAAGCCUGGGACUAGAGCCAGUUGGAAGAAGAUCGAGAGCUGUUGAAACAAAGGAAGCAUUGCAGGAGACAGAGACCAGAUUUCUGCUUUUUGAAGAAGAAACGGAUAAGGGCUGUCAGAUUCGGCUGAAUCACCCAGACACGUUACAGCGGUGUGGCUUCAACUCCUCUCUGCCCCUGGUGAUGAUAAUCCACGGGUGGUCGGUGGACGGCUUCCUGGAAAACUGGAUCUGGCAGAUGGUUGCUGCCCUGAAGUCUGGGCUGGCCCAGCCCGUGAACGUGGGGCUGGCCGACUGGCUCACCCUGGCCUACCAUCACUACACCAUCGCUGUCCGCAACACCCGCCUUGUGGGCCAGGAGGUGGCGGCUCUCAUCCAGUGGCUGGAGGAAUCUGCUCAGUUUUCUCGAAGCAAUGUUCAUCUAAUUGGGUACAGCCUGGGUGCCCAUGUCUCAGGAUUCGCUGGCAGUUACAUGGGCGGAAAGCACAAGAUUGGGAGAAUCACAGGGCUGGAUGCCGCCGGCCCUUUGUUCGAAGGAUCUUUGCCCAGGGACCGUCUUUCACCAGAUGAUGCCAAUUUCGUGGAUGCCAUUCACACCUUCACCCGGGAGCACAUGGGCCUGAGCGUGGGCAUCAAACAGUCCAUAGCACACUAUGACUUCUACCCCAACGGGGGCUACUUCCAGCCUGGCUGCCACUUCCUAGAGCUCUACAAACAUAUUACCAAGCACGGCUUAAAUGCCAUCACUCAGACCAUAAAGUGCUCCCACGAGCGGUCGGUGCAUCUCUUCAUCGACUCCUUGCUGCACCCCAGCCAGCAGAGCACGGCCUACCAGUGCGGCGACAUGGACAGGUUCAGCCAGGGCCUGUGCCUGAGCUGCCGGAGGGGCCGCUGCAGCUCGCUGGGCUACCACGUCCGCCCGCAGCGGAAGGGCCAGAAGAACAAGAGGCUCUUCCUGGCCACGCGCGCCCAGUCCCCCUUCAAAGNGUAUCAUUACCAGUUCAAGAUCCAGUUCAUCAACCAACUUGAGAAACCAGUAGAACCAACUUUUACUAUGACACUCUUCGGAACAAAAGAGGAAUACCAGAAAAUUACCAUCACUCUGGAUGAAGAAAUUACUAGUAAUAAAACCUAUUCCUUUCUUAUCACGUUGGAUUUGGAUAUCGGUGAGCUGAUCAUGAUCAAGUUCAAGUGGGAAAAUGGCGCCGUAUGGACCAAUGUCUGGAACACAGUCCAAACCAUCAUCCCAUGGAGCAGAGGGCCCCUCUACUCAGGCCUUGUUGUAAAGACCAUCAGAGUCAAAGCGGGAGAAACCCAGCAACGGAUGACAUUCUGCUCAGAAAACAUGGAUGGCCUACAGCCCCACCCAACCCCGGAGAAAACCUUUGUGAGAUGUGACGUAAACUCCAAAAAAUUGAAGAGAAAGAUCAGAUGAGCUUCUACGAAGUUCCAGUGUGAAGAAUAAAUGAUCUAUUCCUCAUCUGGAAUGGUUACUUUAUUUGGAAACCCAAGUUAUAUAAACAAUCUUGCAUAAAGUUUAAACAAAGUUUAGGUUUAAAGGGGGAGUAUGUUUCACUAUUCUAAAGUGAGCUUUUAGAAACUAUAUUAUGUAACUGUAUUCAAACAUUUGUGUAACUAGAAAUUUCCCUAUUGUAUCUCUGAUUAAAUGGUAAUAUAUGCAAUAUAUAAAUAAGAGCCA